GCCGCCACCACCAUGCUGCCCGCGUCGGAGGCUGCAAAGAUCUACCAGACCAACUACGUGCGCAACUCCCGCGCCAUCGGCGUCCUGUGGGCCAUCUUCACCAUCCUCUUCGCCAUCGUCAACGUGGUCUGCUUCAUCCAGCCCUACUGGAUCGGGGACGGCAUGGACACCCCGCAGGCGGGCUACUUCGGCCUCUUCCACUACUGCAUCGGGAACGGGCUGUCCCGAGACCUCACCUGCCGGGGAAGCUUCACGGAGUUCAGCAGCAUCCCCUCUGGUGCGUUCAAGGCCGCCUCCUUCUUCAUCGGCAUGUCCAUGGUGCUGGUUCUCACCUGCAUCGCCUGCUUCGCGCUCUUCUUCUUCUGCAGCACCGGUACUGUCUACAAGAUCUGCGGCUGGAUGCAGCUGGCUGCAGGUACCUGUUUGAUCCUCGGCUGCAUGAUCUACCCAGACGGCUGGGACAGCGAUGAGGUGAAGAGAAUGUGCGGCGAGCAGACGGACAAGUACACACUGGGGGCCUGCUCCGUGCGCUGGGCCUACAUCCUGGCCAUCAUGGGCAUCAUGGACGCACUCAUCCUCUCCUUCCUGGCCUUCGUCCUGGGCAACCGUCAGGACAGCCUGAUGUCUGAGGAGCUGCUGGGAGAAAAGAGCAGUAAUAACGCCAUAUAAGCGCGAGGUCGCGAGAGAACAAAGAUCACAAACAGGUUUUUCUGUGGACUUGAUGUGAAGGUACUUUAGCGUCCAGCUUUUCCUCUUCUGGUCCGGCCUGUUGAAGGGACACGGGGCUGAUAUGUGAGCAGGUCAUCUAAAAAAAUUAAAGGGACAAGAGAUGGAGGACAAAAAAAAAAGGUCACGUAACCUUGAAGAGAUGGACAGGAUGACAUGCUUCAUUCCUGGAAACAACCUUUUCUGUAAAAAAAU